UUCUGAAGAAGUCUGUCGAUAUCCGCCCACUUCACUGUGCAGUGGACUGGGAAAACGGAAUAUUUGGUGUAUGUCAAAUUGUGUCAGUCUUAGUUGCAAAAAAAAAAAAAAGCUUUUAUUUAAACAGCUACCCUUAGUAUGCACAGCUGUAACUGCCUGUAACUCACCAAAUCAGUUGUAACUGGCUGCAAUCCACCAAGUCAGAUGAACUUGAAAAAUGGCAGAGCUACAUUCUGAUUCAGUCAUAGAUGUUGCCACAUCAUCAAAUUUUCGUCAGCUGCGCACCAGGAAUAUUCACCUUGAUUUGGAUGUCAAUUUUAGUACCAAGACUAUAACUGGAUCACAAAAGAUCACUUUUGAUGUUCUUCAAGAUGAUGUUCAAGAAGUGCUGCUUGAUGUCCACGAAACAUUGGUCCUGAGUGGAGUGACGAUGAUACCUUCAGGUCAGAAGCUUAAUUUUGCCAUCAGGCCAUUCACAGGCUACGGCUCCACCUUAAGCAUAAAGCUUCCUGUUGAUGUGCUGAAAGGAGGUGAACUCUGCCUGCUAAUAAAUUUUGUGGCUGGUAAUGGACCAGGCAUUGUUUGGCUUGACCCACCGCAAACAGCUGGAAAAAAGAAACCAUACCUUUACACCCAGGGUCAGGCAGUUCUGAAUCGAUCCUUCUUCCCUUGUCAAGACACACCUGCUGUUAAAUCACCAUACUCUGCAAAUGUCAAGGUGCCAUCAGGCUUCACAGCUGUGAUGAGUGCAAGCAGCAGCAGUCGGAAUGAUGAUGGUAGAUUUCAUUUCUCACUGAACCAGCCCAUUCCAUCGUAUCUGGUGGCAUUAGCUGUUGGGGAUCUUGUUUCAGCUGGAAUAGGACCUCGAAGCCUCGUAUGGGCAGAACCAUGCAUGCUGGAGGCUGCAAAGGCUGAGUUUGAUGGAGAAGUGGAGAAGUUUCUGUCUACAGGGGAGCAACUGUUCGGUCCGUAUCAAUGGAAACGCUAUGACCUCCUCAUCAUGCCACCUUCCUUCCCUUUUGGUGGAAUGGAAAACCCAUGUUUGACAUUUGUCACCCCUUGCAUUGUGGCUGGUGACAAGUCAUUGACAGAUGUGGUCAUUCAUGAAAUUAGUCAUAGUUGGUUUGGUAACUUGGUGACUAAUGCAAACUGGAGCGAGUUCUGGUUGAAUGAGGGCUUCACAAUGUUUGCACAACGGCGAAUUGCUGAGACGCUGUUUGGGCGACCCAAAAUGUGUCUGGAGGCAGCCACAGGGCAGGCAUUGUUGAAACAGCAUAUGGAAACCACUGGCAUGGAUCAUCCUCUCAACAAACUCCGAGUCGUUAUUGAGCCUGGAGUAGAUCCAGAUGACACAUACAAUGAAACGCCAUAUGAGAAGGGUUUUGCCUGCGUCUCCUACCUUCAGAUGUUGGCUGGAAGCACACAAAAAUUUGAUGACUUUCUUAAAGCAUACAUAGCUAAAUUUCAGUUCAAGAGUGUGGUGGCUGAGGAUAUGUUUGACUUCUACCUGGAUUACUUUCCUCAACUAAGAGAACAUCUAAGGCUACAAAACAUAGCUGAAGGGGAGGGGUUUGAAUUCCAGCGAUGGCUACAUGCCCCAGGAUGGCCACCAUACACUCCUGACUUAUCUGCUGGUCAUGAACUCAUAAAUCCCCCAGAGGCAUUCUGCAAAAACAUCAUGAAGCAGGAUCCAAGCAGUUGGCCUGACAUUGAAGAAUGGACAGUUUACCAAGUGCUUCAUUUCUUGGACAAACUGUUUGAAGUAGAUGGCCUCCCAGCAGAGCGAUUGCAACAGUUAGGGAAGGCCUAUCCCAGGAUAUCUGCUGCCAAAAAUGCAGAGGUUCGGUUUCGAUGGUGCAAACUCGUUGCCAAGAACAAUCACCAAGAGGCUUUUCCAGAUAUCAGAGAUUUCCUUCACAGUCAAGGAAAACAGAAGUACACAAAACCAAUGUAUCAAGUGCUUGUUGAAGGUUCUAAGAUUUCGAGACAACUUGCAGUGGACGUUUUUCAAGAAACUUCCAACAUGCUUCACAUAAAUGUCCGUAAUUAUGUGAUGGAAAUUCUCCAGAAUGAGGGUCUUGAAUAUAAUGUGUAGCCUACUGUGUAAUGUUAACAGGCAUCUGCACAGGCCUUGGCAAUGCAAAUAAUGCUCAUUUUAAAAUCACCUUUCAAUAUUUUAUUCUGUUAAUCAGCAGUUAAACAAAUAUAUGUGAAUCUUAUAGGUACCUCUCCCAAUAUUGAUGGGGAAAAACAUUCCAGUUUUCUUAAUAAUUUUGCAGUGUCUACAUUGUGAAAAGUAUUUACAAAAAAAAAAAAACUAAAUCAAGAGAGCAUGUUUCACGAGGACGUAGAGGACAAAGUAACACUGAAACCAACAGAUUAUGAUUAACAGAUGAUCAUCAUAAUGUUUAGUGCUCUGUUGGUUGGAGACAUUUUGUUAUGUGCUUUUGGACAGGCUGUUUCACCAAACUUUUUGUAAACUAUGACUAGCAUAAUUGAUAACUUAUUUUCUUUCUUUUAUAUAGUAUACCUGUGUAUGUGUAAUGUGUUUCAUGCUUGUAUAUAUAUAUUGUUUUCAUUUAUAUAAACCAAAGAGUAUGACUUCGAAAGUUAUUUGCCUGCCACUCAAAGGGCAUGAAACCAGUGAAUAUCUAUCAUCAAAGUUUGCAAACAAAAUGUAAGCCAAGGUUUGGCAAAGUAGGAUGGGAAGAUACGCUGCAUAUGUACAUUUAAAAUGUUUUUAGAACUACUUCUUGGACUUUCUUUUUAAAAAGUAUUCUUUAUUCUUGGAAUGCCCUACCUUUCUGUUCAGUACAUUUAAAACAUAUCUCUUUCCAAAAUACUUAUUGUAAUCAGUAUAUUGUUACAUUCUCUAUCUUCUCUAUGUGUUGCUCCAUAUCCUGACAAUGUUUGCUGUGCACGUUGUGUAUAGAUGUUUGCCUGACUGUGAUGUCCUUCUCUGUCUUAUGGAAUCAUUACCUACUAUGCCCCUUGUAUCUUGUAAAGCACACUGAUAUGCAAGGGAAGAGAAGUUCGUAUAAUAAAAGAUAAUAUCAGCUUUUCA